UCUCCCUUGUAAGAUGCACCGCCUAGCAGCUCGAGGUGUGGCCUCGCUGCGGCAACCGAAUGCAUUGCAGUCUGCACGGUGGAGCUCCACUUUGGGGACGUCUAUCCCGCCCAGCCAACACACGCUGCAUGCCAUCUACAAGCAGCAAGCGGACAGCGGCAACGUGACGUAUGACCCAGUACAGGUACACGUCGUCCACCACUUGGACGCACUAUACGACGAAGUGAUGAGCUACGGCGGCCCCAAGCCUAAAGCGUCCACGUCGAGCUCCUCCGGCUCGUGGUGGCAGAAGCUGACAGGCAAAGAGCAACAGACUGAACAGGAACCAGUUAACGCACCCAAGGGCUUGUACCUCUAUGGCGGUGUAGGCUGCGGCAAGACCUUCGUAAUGGACAUGUUCUUCGACAACGUUCCAGUGGAGCAGAAGCUGCGUGUGCAUUUCCACGAGUUCAUGUUGGACAUCCACAAGCGGAUGCACGAGCUGCGACGCCAGGGUUUCCAUGAAGAUCCCAUUCCUCACAUUGCAGACGAGUUGCUAGAGAACAGCUGGCUGUUGUGCUUUGACGAGUUCCAAGUGACGGACGUGGCGGACGCGCUGAUCUUGAGGAGACUCUUCUCGGCCUUGCUCGCCAGAGGAUUCGUUAUGGUCGCCACAUCCAAUCGACCACCCAGUGAGUUGUACAAGAACGGACUGCAACGAGAACUAUUUGUGCCGUUUAUUGACUUACUGGGAGAACGCUGCAAAGUGGUGUCACUCGAAGACUCGACCACCGACUACCGCGUGCUCAAAGGUGCCGUCCAUGCUGACAACGUGUACGAGUAUCCCAUCACUCCAGACACGCGCGCUGCGUUUGACUAUGAGUUCAUGGCGUAUUGCAAGGGAGAGGAGACAGUGGCGACCUAUGUGACGACGCAGGGACGCAAGGUGCAUGUACUGGAGGCGGCCGUGGAAGCUGGAGCUUGCCGCUUCUCCUUCCGAGACUUGUGCGAUAAACCUCUCGGAGCUGCAGAUUAUCUGGCGAUUGCAGAAGCGUUCUCCGUUGUGUUUGUGAGCGACAUUCCUCUGCUUAACGCCGAGAAACUGAACCAGAUGCGACGAUUUAUUACAUUUGUUGACUGCAUGUAUGACCGGGGUGUGCGGCUGCAUUGUUUGGCACCGGAAAGCCCCGAACGACUGUACCAAGUCGACGCAAACAUGAAAUCACAUGUCGACGAGGUCUUCGCGUUCGAUCGCACGGUGUCUCGCCUACUCGAGAUGGGGAGCGAGGCGUAUUUACUGGCACACAAUGAGCGACAGGAAGAAGUGCGUGAUCAGUCCCGUGCUCACUUGUUCUUGGCUCCUGGCAACGUCGAAGUUGCUGAUGAGUCAGUGCAGGACGAAGAAGAAUUUGAAGAGAGUGAGGAGCCUUGGGCAGCCAGUGCGGGAAAGUAACCCAUCGCAAUCACAGCUAGUGAAAGCUGCUGAUCCUGUACAAAGAACGAGUGAGCUAUCUAACGACACGGAGCCACCGAUGCGAAUUUUAGCUUGCAUCAAAGUGAAUUUUGACAUUUGAAAGAUUAGGAAAAGAGUAAAUGUUGCUUUCUGGCUGUUUCC